UCGCUUUGCUGAGGGGAGGUAAAUACGCGUUUUAGUGACUUGCCAAAGCAGUGAUGAAAAGCCUGAUAGAUCGUUGCUCCGUAGAGGAGGCUACUGUAGCCUAUAUUUGGCUCUGACUGGUAGACGCACCUACAGCACUAAGCUCCUCACAUUCAGCACCUGGAGAAUGAGGACCAGUACACUGGGCAUGGUUGGGAAUUUUUAAUGGACGGAUGGCUUUUGCAUGUUGAGGAGUGGGUGAACAGAUGUUAUUAUUUCGCGCAAUGUGUUUAAACGACACAUCACUGCUUUGCGAAUGUUCCACAAUUCAAGUCGAGGACUCUUUACGUUGCUGCUGAUGCUGUUGGAGUGGACCAGACCAGGCCUACCGUCCCCCCUGCGGCCGAUCUGUGACCUGCGGGUCCUAAAACACUUUAUUGAAGAGGCCAGAGAUGCCCAAGCAGCCAUGCUGACUUGUAAAGAAGGAUGUGGUCUUCCAGAGCCCGUCACUGUUCCCCAAACCAAAGUAGACUUCAGCGUCUGGGAGAGGAAAAAUGCACUGGAGCAAGCUCAUGAGGUACAGUCUGGCCUGUGGCUGUUAAACCAGGCCAUUGGCUCGCUACGAGCCUCCGUCACCAACACAGCGCUGCACAGCCACAUAGACAACAGCCUCAUAAACAUCUUCAGAAUAGGAAAGGUGCUGCGCAGCCUCAACAUCCAGGAGUGCACCCCUCCAGCAGGAGAAGUGUCUAGAGGAGAGGAGACAUGGCGGGUGUCGUCUGCUUCAGAGCUGCUCCAGGUCCACGUCAACUUCCUGCGAGGCAAGCUGCAGCUCUUGCUGUCCAACGCGCCCGUCUGCCACUAGGGCGGCAGCUGAUUGGGGCUCUCCGAGGCGGGGCCGAGUUGAUUGGAGCUUCCCAAGGCAGGGGGUGGGAUCUGACACUAUUGACCCUGCUUGUUGCCAGGUAGAACUCUAAAAGAUGAGUGUGUGGACCAGAUCUUCACAGGAGAGAAUGAAGCUAUAUGGACAGAACAGUUCCUAUUGGACUUUAAAAGGAAAAGAGCAGGUAGCACCUUGAACAUGGAGAUGAGGGAAGUAUGUGGUUAAGAAAUCACACACCGAAAAGGAAUGGGGCCUACAGAAUACAUAGCCUCCACAGCUCUUUAAUGGGCACUCUUCAGCACUUUGUGUGUGUCUGUAUGUCUUUUAGCAUGAGUGUGAUUCUGUGGCCCUUACUGCAAUGGAAUGUGAGUUCUCAUCGCCAAGCCUGCGUAAUCGACGCAGAUUGCACAUGGUGACACCUUGUUGGAAUUCUACUCAACUGUCAUUGACUGCCUAUCAAAUACCAGAAUGAGGGGACCUAGCCUGUACCACAAACUCUUCAAACACCACCUGCCUCGUUCUUAACACACAACACUUUUCUAACUGCUGUCUAUCAGUGUCCUUAUAUGUAUUUUGUAUUGCUUAUGUAAUUACUUAUUUAUAGAGAUUUAUAUUUUUACUUUUAAGCUCCUGUUACUGUCAUGACUAUAGUAUUAUGAGAGAUAUACUGUAACUAGGAGCUAGAGACCACAGUUGAGCUCUAACGAUUGACCAUAAUUACUGUAUACCACCACUGAACAUUGUUGUUAAGAUAUUUGUACAAGUCAAUAUCCAACUGUUCACUGUCUGUUACCCUUUGUAGAAGAAAUUAUCUGUGUGUUUGUAUGUACUGUAUGUGUGAGAGAGUACCUGUAUGAAUGAGUUUUAUACGACUCCUUAUAACCCUAUUGAAUGGACUAGAGGGGGAAGAAGCAGAGGUUCAGUCGGUUGAAGGAGGAAAAGAUUGAGCGGAAGAGGGAGAGGGGGUUUACGUGAGAACUCCGAAGCUAUGCUGUGAUUAUCAGUGUCUGGUUAAUGCAGACCAGCACUCAAAUAGAGCUUCGACGCAGAUAGCAUGACUGCCAGGAAAAAUAUUGAUUGGUUCUCAUGAUGAACAUCCUGCAUGCCUCUCUCUCGCCUUCAUUCAAGCAGCAGCCAAUCACACGCAAUCCUGGGAACCUUUGGAGUCGCUGACGUUGGGGAUUCUUCCAGUUUCGGGAUUCGUUUUUUUCUCCUGUGUUGUUUUGUUUCCCGUAUUAAAAGUCUUGCAGUCACA